AUGGAGGAAGAUGGCGAAAAUGUCACCGUCGUUCCCAACCUGCUUCAUUUCCACGCUAUGGACCCAGAUGAAUACAAUACACCCCCUGAAGUCCCGAUUGUUAUCGACAAUGGGUGCACAACCUAUCGGUUUGGCUUCAGCAACUUUAGCACGCCGUACACGAUCCCAAACAUCUACUCCCGCUAUCGAGAACGGAAGCAUAACCUUCAGAUAGCGCUAUUCGGGGACAAUGUCGAGGUCGAGAGUGGCGCCAAAACGCAGAGCAAGACGGCUUGGGAAGGCGACAUUCUCAUCAACUUUGACGCGAUGGAGAACGCGCUCGAUUAUGCGUUCUGCAAACUUGGUUUGGAUACUCCCUCUGUGCUGCACCCUGUCAUCAUCUCUGAACGGUUGUGCACGCCCAUGUACUCGAGAUCUGUGCUGAACGAGCUCCUUUUUGAGGGGUACAAUGUCCCCAAGGCAGGGUAUGCCAUCGACGCGCUCAUGUCGUUUUAUCACAAUACGCCAAAUGAGCCAAAGCGCGACGGUGUUGUGAUUAGUUUCAACUCUGCUUCGACUUCGGUUAUACCCGUCCUCAAUGGUCGAGGAAUUCUCGCCAAUGCCAAACGAAUGCCAUGGGGUGCCAGUCAAGCGUCAGAAUUUCUCCUAAAGCUGAUUCAGAUGAAGUACCCAUAUUUCCCAACCAAAGUCACUCCUCAACAAUCGGCGUGGAUGCUGAGAACAUCAUGUAUGUUCUCCCCUGACUACAUACAAACUCUACGUGAAUUGGGCACACCAGAGGGCAUGCGGCUGCGUGAUCUUAUCAUUCAGUUUCCUUUCGUUGCACCAGAGGAAAAGACGGCGGAAGAGCUUGCAAGGCAAGCUGAGCGGAAAAAGGAAGCCGGACGCCGACUACAAGAAAUGGCCAUUGCAAAGCGCAAAGAAAAGGCAUUUAUCUCGAAUUAUGGAAACGCGUUGGCAUUAAAGGAGCGAAUGAAGGCUGGCGAAAUUGCUGGGGAUGAAUUGGACGCCGAAUUAGAGCGACUUAAUUAUGACGACGUUGGACACCUCAACAACGCAUUGAAGAACAUGCAGCAAGCUAUGAAACGAGCGAGGAAAAAGGAAGGUGAAGCAGAAGAUGAAGAAGAGGAAGAGCCCACUUAUCCACUGGUCGACAUACCGGACGAUCAGUUGAGCGAGAACAGCCUCAAGGAGAAGAGGAAGCAAAAGCUAAUGAAAGCCAAUUCUGACGCACGCAAGCUCCAGAAAGCACAGCGCAUGGAAGAGAAGAGGCUAAAGGAGGAGCAGGCGCUACGCGAGCAGGAUGAGCGUGAUCGAGACCUGGCGGGCUGGUCAAACAAAAUGAGAGCUCAGCACGAGACUAUUAUGCAAAAAAUGCAAGCUCGCAAGCGUCAAAAGGCGGCUCUCCAGGAUCGAAAGUCGGCUGCUUCACAGUCACGGAUGAAAAAUGUCGCUUCAUUAGCCGUCGAUAUUCCAGGUCCUCGCAAAAGAAGAAAAGGAAAUGAAGAUGAUACCUUUGGAGCAGAUGAUGAUGAUUGGCAGAUUUAUCGCAAAAUUAACACCGGAGCUCCAGAUGAAUCGGAAGAGGAGGAUCUCGCACGACUAGCCGUGAUAGAGAAGCAACUUCUCGAGCACGACCCCAACUUUACAAUGUCGGAGACCUACGCAUCCCUUUCCACUGCCCGUUCAAAGCUCUUGGAGGCAUUUCGACCUGCAUAUCCCGAGGACGACGUCAGGGGCCAUUCUCGUAUACACCUCAACGUCGAGAGAUAUAGGUGCACCGAGACCUGGUUUCAGCCUGGAAUGGCUGGACUCGACAGCGCUGGUUUAGGCGAGCUGGUCCAAUUUGUGCUCAGCCGAUUCAAGUCCGCUCAAAGGGCGCGGAUGGCUCAGAACAUCUUCCUCACUGGCGCACCGGCUGCGUUCCCGGGCCUAUCCUCACGGGUCAAGGAUGUCGUGCAAGAAGUGCUUGAGCCAGGUACUCAAAUCAAAGUGCGUGUCGCUGAAGAUCCGUCGUUGGAUGCAUGGCACGGCAUGGCUAGGUUCAGCGAGACCGCAGAGUUUCAUCGGGUGGCCGUAACGCGGCCAUUGUACGACGAGCACGGACCAGAAAGAAUCAACCGGUGGUGGGGUUCCAACUGGGUGUAG